AUGGGCCAGGAAGCAACCCCUCCCUUGCCGGAGGGCAUCUUCUCCCUUCUGGAUACGGAUUUGUACAAGUUGACGAUGCAAUGCGCUAUUCUCAAGUACUUCCCUGAUGUUUACGUGACCUACGGCUUCACGAAUCGGACUCCGCACAUGAAGUUGCGGCGCGGGGCACACAAAUGGCUUCUGGAGCAAAUGGCCAAGCUUGCAAAUGUCCGCGUUACCGCCGAAGAGCGCGCCUGGCUGAAGGAAAAAUGCCCAUACCUCAACGAUACCUACCUCACCUUCCUCGAGUCCUUCCAGCUCCGACCCGACGAGCAAAUCGAUAUCAAGUUCACCCCCACGCAAGACACCGGCAGCGACGAGGAUGAGGGUGUCGUCGAAUACAUCAUCAAGGGUCUCUGGGUGGAUACGAUCUUGUACGAGAUCCCACUGCUGGCACUGACCAGUCAGGCGUAUUUCAUGUUCAGCGAUAAGGACUGGGACCACGAUAACCAGGAGGAGAAGGCAUUCCGCAAGGGCUGUGAGCUUUUGGAGAACGGCUGUGUGUUCUCGGAGUUUGGAUCGCGGCGGCGCAGAGAUUAUCAUACCCAUGAUUUGGUUAUGAAGGGUCUUUGUCGGGCUGCGGAGGAAGGAAAGAAGCGUGGCUGGAAGGGUAAGCUAACCGGUACCAGCAAUGUGCAUUUUGCUAUGAAGUACGAUGUUGGCGCUGUCGGUACCGUGGCGCAUGAGUGGUAUAUGACCAUUGCGGCUAUUACGCAGGACUACGAGAAUGCCAACGAACUGGCGCUGCGGUAUUGGCUUGGCUGCUUUGGCGAGGGUGUCCUCGGCAUUGCUCUCACCGAUACCUUCGGUACACCGGCCUUCCUAGAGGCCUUCCGCAAGCCGAUCCGUGAAGCCCCCGUGCAAAGCGAUGCUUCCGUGAAUCCCCCCGUCAUAGACGAUGUCCACGUUGACCACUCCACCUCCACUAGUACCUACGCCCAGGUCUACACCGGUGUCCGACAGGACUCGGGCGACCCAGCCUACUUUGUCAAGAUGGUGCGCGAAUUCUAUGACCGCGAGGGUAUUACCGAUAAGAAGACUGUCGUUUUCUCGGACUCGCUCAAUAUCGAGAACUGCCUGGAGUACAAGGCGAUCGCCGAGGAAGCCAACUUUAACCCUACGUUCGGUGUGGGCACAUUCUUCACGAAUGACUUCAAAAACAAGUCCAACGGCGAAAAGUCCAAGCCCCUCAACAUCGUCAUCAAAAUCGCCACUGCCAACGGCCGUCCGGCUGUUAAACUGAGCGAUAACAUGGGCAAGAACACCGGUGAUAGCGCCACGGUGCAGGAGGUGAAGAAGAAGCUUGGCUACACCGAGCAAUCGUGGAUCGAGGGCGAUGAGAGCAAUCGCUGGGCUGGAAAGUCAUAG